UUCCAAAAGAAGCAGCGACAUUGGCCGCGCAAAAGUUUUCACUCCACUUUAAGCAAAAUCAGCCAUCAGCCCCUUCCUCCUACAUCUGCGCAUCUCACGUCGUCUGCACAUGCUUAUUCGCACGACGAUCUCCUAUUGGUUGGAGCUCUGUUCAGUUUUAUUGUAACCAUGUUCAAUAGCGUAGUGUUUAGAGACUGGCAAAGCACAGCUGAGGGAGAAACAGUUCUACAACAUUUUUAUGACCCACAUUCAUCAGGUAGAAAAUUGUUUGGGAUCCUGGAAAAACCAAACUUGCCCCCCAGUAUUGAAGAAGUCUCCUACAAAUUAUUUGUUGGUGGAAGAGUCGGUGUUGGAAAAACUACUACAAUUGCAAGACUAGCGGGAAUUCAAUGUAAUACAAGCUACAGUGAAACUCCAGGAAUACGAAAGACCAACGUCUAUUGGCCAGUAAAAAUUUGGGACAAAACAAUACUUUUCAAACUACAGUUUUGGGAUGCUGGUGAAAACAGCAUGAAAAAGUACAGUCAUAUAUUAACUGCUUGUAAAGAAAAGGCAGAUGCAAUACUGCUGGUAUUUUCUUACACUGAUGCUGCAAGUUUCCAUGAAAUUCCACAGCUCAUGAGCAAAUUGUCACAGGGACAUCAUCCUGCAAAAAUUGUAAUUGGUACUAGGUAUAGUUCAACUAAUAGCCUUGAGGUAUCAAAUGCUCAAACCAAAGAAUUUGAGCUGAAGUGGAAAGUUAGAGUAUUACGCUUGAAUUCCUUUCUAAAUGAAAGAAAUGAAGUACAUAAAAUAUCACCAAUUAUGAAUGUAAUUUGUGAACAGCUCUGGAUCAGAGAUCAAGACUAUCUUCUAAAGCAAGGACUUAACUCCUGAUUGUUUUAAGUUUUUAGAAGCUACAACCGGAAGAAUAGCACUGAAGAAUUUCCAGUCAACUAAAAAGAGGAAAUAGGAGUUAACAACUGCAAUUAAAACAUGUGAUAUAAUUUAUUUCUUAAACAUACAUAUUAUUAAAAAAUUGAGCAUGUACAUGAAAA